AUUCUUUAGAAAAGCUUCACACAGGGUGCAGGAAAACCCUGUUAACAGAUGCCAUCUGUUACUAGAUGAUUGGCUGGCAACAGACAAAAAAAAACAAUCAGAUUAGGUUUUUACGUGUCAGUCGUCGACGUGAAACACCUUCUGUGAAAUUGAGUCAAUGGUAAAGCAAGAGGAGGAAACUUCUCUUUCUGUCCCGGCUCAAACGCUGGGAAGGCGGAGCUCGGGGCACAAGUGCCUGAUUUGUGGUAUACUCUUUGCUGACCUUGGACAACACCUUAGGGUGACGGAGAGUGUCGCAAAGAGAACAGAGCUUACACUCCUGUGCAAACUUUCACACCGACAAUUCUCUGCAAGGUUAGACUGUCCAGUCAGUCUCUGCAAAUCGAAGAGACUCAGCAGGCUGGACAAACACCUUCAAAAAAUUCACCACCUUGACAAACCCACAGCGACCAUGUAUGUGAACAAAGCGAAAGAUCGCUACAUAUCAAUGGAGCUUCUGAGGGCAUCACACCCCAUACCCCCCAUGGUAUCACACAUUGACGAGGUUGAUGAGUGCGCAAUUGCAAUUGAGGAGGGUGUCAGGCGAGAGAUUGAGGCCUCUACUCCCUCCCCUGCAAGCCAUCAAUCGACUCGCAGAUACGCGUGUGAGGAAGGUGCCACACCAAGCACACAGGGCGAGCAUGCCGUUGAUGAGCCUCCUCCUGUCUCCGAGGACCAAACUGAAACCCCAGAAAAGACCUCGGCUAGCUGCUCGAACUGCCAGCAACUUCAGGCAGAGCUGAGGAUAACCAAGCAGCUGCUUCAGAUGGAGGCCGACCGCAAUGAUGAGCUGAAACAGCUGCACUCAGCAGUGAAGUACAUCAGGAGGGAACCAUUUUCCCCAUCUAAGGCACCCAAGUAUGUCAGACUUCUUGAGGAGUUCAGGUGCCACAUCCAAAGGGUAAACGCAAGCCGGAAGGGAAAGGAAAACGCCAAGCAGCAACAAACGCAUGUUCUGCAUUUUUCAGAAUUCAUGGCUGACUCGCCAUUCCAAAUGCUGACUUGCUGUUCCUGGACAACCACGCAUGAGUCAGUGAGUUUGUUGAAAGCCUGGAUCAGCGACAUUUCAAGGCACCGACGAAGAGGGCCUACUUGAUGGAUGCGGUCGGCUUCCUCAAGUACGUGCUGGAUAUGUCGCCACAGUCGGUCAGACUUGGAUCGAAGAAGAUACACACUGUUGGUGGAGUUAAGGGCUCGGAUCAGAGAUAUUGGGCGGGAUGUGCUCGGCCACCAAAUGAGAGUGUGCCGAUCCAAGUCUGACCAACUUGUCAAUCCACGAAAGCACAAGAUUUUUGUUGAUGUGGCACCUGAACACAUUUCUGCAGCAUUGGAAGAACUUGAGGACCAGCCGGAUGACCGAAGGGUGCUACGUCUAUUCUUCGGCUUCCUCUCCGGCUAUCUGAUAGCCACAACUGGCCACCGAAAGGGAGUAAUAGUCAACAUGACUCUAGAAGAGGUCACGACAGCGCAG